UUAGUUGCUACAAGGAUACUACGAGGGCAAGGUAGAUUUCUUCCCCCUUCGGUAUAUCCUCAUAUCAAUUUAUCUGUGGUUCAAAUGUAUUCACAUGUGACCUUAUUGCCCAUUUAUGGUUUAGAAAAAAGAAAGAAGAAAAGAGAAGGGAGGAGGAAAGAGAUUGUGAAAUAAUAUUUUGUUCUGGAUGUGUCUAUCCUACACCCUUGCACCCUAUUGCCUAUUUAAUAUUAGAUCGAUAUUGAAGACAACUACAAUAGUGUCCUAUACUAGAAUAUUCUGAAUUGCAAAGAAAAUAGGGAAAUAGAACAACAAAAUUUUUAAAAAAAAAUAAAAAGUCAAGAACAAAUGAACCAAAGGUUAAUGGCAUAAACUUAGCAGGAUGAAGAUAUCGCAUGACCGAAUCAUUAGCUAAGACAAUAUGUGAGUUAGAAAAACAAAAAUUUGAGCAUAGGGAAGAAAUACUAGAUAUGUGAUCACUAGCUCCUGGAUCAAUAAUCCAUGAGGAUGAAGAAGGUUGGGCAAUCAACCUUGCAUGUAGAACUACAUGCAUUAGGAGUAGACAACUGUGGAGAAAAUGAAGACAGCUAUUGGAUGAGCUGACUCAGUUGAAAAGAAAAGUCAUCAUAAGGGUUGGAAAUAGAUGCAACAGGACCAUGUUGAGGAGUUUGAUGCAGUCAGCGGAUGACAUUGGCCCUAGUCCCCGAACUGAUUAUUUCUACAACUAAACUACUGUGAUAAUAAUAAUAAUAUGCUAACUUACUCUAAUACUCUUGACCUUAGCAAAUUUGAAUUGCUGCUUUCAUACUGUUGUUCUUGCACUUGUUUUUCAUUUUCAAUUUGCAUUUCGGGUAGUAAGUCAUAGUAACUGGUUUAUUGUUGUUUCACAAAGUAUGCCUUUGAAUUUCAUUUAUGUAAAGUGUUACAAUGUUGCAUUAUGUAUAGAUACAUGUAUUUGUGAACAACUUGAUGUUUAAAAUACCUUUUUUCCCCUUAAAUUCUUUUUGGCGACUUUAUUGAUGUUUGUGGCAUGUGUGAUGUAGAGAGCUUCCGAAACAGAGCUACUAACCAAAUAUCCAUAUGGAGAAGUAUCCUUUUUGUUUCAGGAAUAAUUUUGAGGCCUGGAUUCAUUUAUGGAACUUGCUGUGUGGGUAGCAUGAAGUUGCCUCUGGGUGUAAUUGGCUCCCCGUUGGAGAUGGUUCUCCAACGUGCAAAGCCGUUGACUCAGGUCCCUCUCAUUGGUCCAUUAUUCAGUCCUCCUGUAAAUGCAACUGCAGUGGCAAAGGUUGCAAUUAGAGCAGCAAUUGAUCCAUCCUGUUUUUCCUCCGGGCAUCAUAGAUGUCUACGGAAUAUUACGUUACAGCCAGCAGAAGUCAAUAUAGAUUUGUUGAAUUCUUUUGUUUAUCCAUGAGGGAAUGCCAAUACUUGUACUUUUCUAGGGUUGAUAUAUUUCAAUUUUCACUUGUUUAGAUUUUGCAGAUUGUUUAGUGCAUAGCUUUGCUGCAACAAAAUGAUGUCGUGCUUGUGAAUUGAUCUGUGAUGAGUAUUAAAUAAUUUAAUCAGUGUCAAUUUGUUUGUUAACCUUGGACAUUAGGUUGAUUUUAGUCUGGAAUUCUACUCUGGUCUGACCGGGAUU